AUGUCUAGAGAAUUCGAUUUGGUCCUGCUAGGCCCAACGGGGUACACAGGCCAAUACACGGCAGAAAACAUCUACAAAAGCUUCCCAACCACCCUCAAAUGGGCAGUCGCAGGUCGCUCGCACUCAAAGAUUGAGAGUUUAGUACAGAAAUGGCGGCAAUUGGGUUACGACAGGCCUGAUCCUGAAAUUUUGACCGUGCAAAUGAACUUGGAUGAUCUCCAUGCAUUGGCAAAACGGACGCGUCUGAUUAUCAAUUGUGUUGGACCAUACCAUUUGUAUUCGACGCCUGUUGUCGAGGCUUGCGCUGAGAAUGGCACGCAUUAUGUUGACAUCACGGGCGAAACGCCGUGGGUGAGAAAGGUGUUGCAUAAGUACCACCAAACUGCCGAAAAGAAUGGAGCUAUUAUUAUUCCAUCCUGUGGCUUUGAAAGCGUACCGCCUGACAUUGUUGCCUGGUACGCCGUGGAUCAUCUGCGCACAAAGCUAUCCGCAGAACCUACAGAAGCUGUAGGCUGUAUUUACGACCUCAAAGCCUCCGGCGCAAGCGGCGGCACCGCCUACACCGUCAUCAGCACACUCGAAAGCGCCAACAUUUCAGAUCUAGUCAAAUCCAUGGAUAGCUACUGCAUCGCCGCCACUCCCUACCCGUCCACACGCACCACACCACGCAAAUCUUUGAUUGAAGCAAUCUUCGGCGUCCGCGCAGUCUCUGACUUGGGAACGCUCACAUCCUCCCCAUCGGCCAUGGUCGACGAAACAACCGUUAUCCGCAGCAGUACCCUCAUGCCAUCCCUCUACGGACCACAUUUCACAUACCGCCAGUACCUUCGCGUGCGCAACGUUCUACUUGGGGCCGUAUUUCAUUACGCAUUUACUAUUGGCGUCGCUCUCCUUGUGUUUGCCCCCUUCCGAUGGAUUGCGCGCAGACUUGUGCCUGCGCCUGGUAAUGGGCCGACAAGAGAGGAAGCGGUGAAUGAUUACUCUGAGUUUCGGGUUUUGGUCUCUAGUGACCAGAAAGACGAGAGGACUGGCCGAGUGAAGAAGCUGCUGGGUAUUAUUUCGCAUAGAGGUGAUUUGUAUGGAUUGACCGGUAUCACGUCCGCUGCAGCUGCGAAGGUUAUUCUGGAACACGAGAAAGAGAUCAAGGAUAUCUCGGCUGGGUUUGUGACGCCAGCAACGUUAGGGCAGGCGUAUGUCGAUGAGUUGGAGAGGGGAGGAUUCAACUUUGAAGCAAAGAUUUUGGAUUAG